CUCGGAUUAAAAUAGGCGCACUCUGAUAUUUUUUUCGCAUCUUUACAUGUUUGUGUUUAGUAGAGAAUGAAUUCAAAUUGCAUAAUUGUGUUCUGCGUAUGCAUGUUUUUAUCAGUGCGCACGAUCCGGUGUAUGCCUAAACAAUAUGGCUCCGACGGUGGGUUCCAGUAUCAGGGUGCCCCUUCAGCGCCUAGCACGAGCGGCCUGAGCGACUAUCCUUUUUGGCCGGAUGUCUCGGGUAGUCAGCAGUCGUUUGGUCAAGCCGUGAAGGGCGGCACUAUUUUUGAUGGCGGCGCCGCUGGAGUUGGGGCUAGUUUAGGCGGCGGUGGAGUAAGUUUUGGCGGCGAAAGAGAUAGUUUCGGCGGCGGUGGAGCUAAUUUUGGCGGCGAUGGGGCUGGUUUUGGUGGAGGCGAGUUCGGAGGCGGUUUCAAAUUUUCCGGCGGAUUCGGAUCAGGUGGUGGUAUCGACAGGUACCCGCGUGAGCCACUGCUUAGAGGAAACGGCGAUGAAUUGGGACCAAUCCCCGGAGUUAAGAAUGCGGGAGGCGCCGGAGGUGUGGACGGCGGUAUGGUUUUUGCUGGACAAGAUGGUGGAACAACGGCUGGUGGUUCUACCUCCUUCGGUGGACAAGACGUCGGCUCUCUGAUGAUAGAAAGAAAUUUUGGACCAGGAGGCUUUGCUGGCGAUUUAAGCGGAAACGGAGCAGGAUUGUUCGAUGUAGGUGGCGCCAGGACGCUAGGAGGUUUAGAUGGCGGGUCUGCUGAUUUUGGCGGAUCCGGAAGUGGGACCACAUUCUUUGGUGGUAAUUCCGGCACAGGAGUAAACCGCCCCGACUUCACUGGAGGCGGGGGUUUAAACACCAUCGCCAACAUGAAUGUGGACUUUCCGGGCGAAACCAAUGAUCGAUUUAAAGGUUCGGGAUUAGGCGAGGCGGGCAAAGGAGGCGGGUUUGGCGGAGUGGGCGGGGUUAGUGGCGGAUAUGAAGUAAGCGGGUCCAGCACGCGAGGCGGAGCCGGUGGAAAGUUUGGAGGAUCCGGUUUUAGCGGUUUCGGAAUCGGCGGUGGUCUUUCUCAGUCCGCAUUGGCUCGCCUACGUAAAACGUACUAAUGGAACCUCGCAGACAGUAAGGCGGUACACAAUGCAUCCUCAUCCUGAUGUUCAUGUUGUUUGGAGACCAGCCAUGUGACACCCACGCAUGGCUUGUAUUUAUGUGUAUUUAUGUCUCAAUAAAUGUUUUUCAGUUCAA